GCGAGCUUCGCACUUUACCAAACGUGCUGUGUGCAACUGAAUAUGAUCGAACUUUUUCACGUGCUAGUGUUUUAAUGUUUAUAUGGACGAUAAGAGGUGUCCAUUUGUCGUCGAGUGUUCACCGUUGCUAAAAGAGUCUUGAAUAAUUCAUUGGGAUAUUAAGCCGGGACCCUAGUGAAGCCGUGCGUUACAUUACGCUAUAUAACCUGUAUUGUUUGAACAGGAUUAAACACCAAAUUAACUUCGUUUUAACUUAAUUCGAUGACUCCAGAAUAGACGGCCAUUACAAAUGCUAAAUUACAAGGUCGUUGUGGUCUCAAUAAACGGUCGUACUGAUUAAACUGUGUUAAAAGACUUCGAUAGUGCUGGCUCAUCGUUCAAUUGAAAGACCAUUGACAAUAGAUAAUGAAGGUCACGAGAAAUCGUGCGCUCAAUGGACAAUCCGUUUUUGGAAUUAAUUUUUUUUUACGAAAACGAUAUCCCUUCACGUGAAUUAGUUUCAACGAUAAUUGACUCGAAUUGAACUGGAUAUUGGAAAGAGAGACUAAUGAAUAUGGUGUUACGGUGCGUUUUAGUGGUUCUGAUGUCGGCAAGUUUGGUCUUGGGGACUGGUGAGUGGACUGAAGAUGCUGAAGAUUUAGUAUCGACAGUGGAUGUGGACGCUGUUUUGGGUCGCACGGCAUCUUUGCCCUGUGACGUCACACCGGAUGCUACAGAAGACCGAGUAUAUAUGGUUUUGUGGUUUAGAAAGAGUGGCGGAAAACCAAUAUAUAGUUUCGACGUACGUGGAAGAUCCUUCAAUAAAGCACUACAGUGGUCAGACCCUGGAGCCUUCGGUCCUCGUGCCUACUUCGCGACCGUGUCACGCCCUGCUUCUUUGACACUUAGCUCCGUGCAAUUAGAUGAUGAAGGCGUCUACAGAUGCAGAGUUGACUUUAAGAAUUCCCCGACUAGAAACUUCCAAAUACGGCUUACUGUUAUAGUGCCACCACAUCAGAUGUUACUUUACGAUAAAUCAGGUGCCGAUGUCUCGGGCAUUGUAGGACCUUUGGAGGAAGGCGCUGUACUUGUAUUGGUUUGCGAAGUACGUGGAGGUCGCCCGGAGCCCGUGGUUACAUGGCUGGUAAAUGGCAAGCCAGAUCUUAGAUAUAUCGGAGUGAAGACAGACACACACGUCAUAGUUAACCGGUUGGAAGCCCAACAACUAACUAGGGACAGUCUAAAUAGCACCUACAAGUGUCGAGCUACGAACACGAACCUUGUGCCGCCGCAAGAAAAAUUGGUGCGGUUAGAAAUGAACUUGGCUCCUCUAUCUGUGUCUCUACUGAAUCGGCCACAGCAGCUUCUGGCUGGUUCAGCAGUUACACUUCAGUGUGUCUCCGAAGGAAGCAGACCACCAGCUCUUAUCACAUGGUACAAGGAUAACAGAAUUUUUGAGAAAGAGAGGAUUGCCGAAAGAGCUAACGAAACGUGGUCAGUUAGUUCUUUGGUCUUUCACCCGACGCCAAGUGACAAUGGAGUGAUAAUAAAAUGUGUAGCUACAAACCCGAGACUUCCCGCAAAGACAAUUGAUGAUCAGUUUGAAUUAAACGUUGUAUAUAGUCCCUUGGUGACGUUGACUUUGGGCAGCACUCUGAACCCUCAUGAUAUAAAGGAGGAAGAUGACGUCUACUUCGAAUGUAACGUGCGCGCUAACCCAAAGGAAUAUAAGAUAUCAUGGUAUCAUAAUGGCAGCCCCGUAAUACAGAAUAUGAGGUCUGGUAUUAUUCUCAGUAGUCGAUCGUUAGUCUUACAAAGACUCACUAGACAAGAAGCAGGAUUGUACUCGUGCAAGGCGACCAACGCAAGGGGCGAGUCAUCAAGCGAGGCAGUUAGAUUAAGGGUGCAAUAUGCACCUGUGUGCGGAAUGGCCUCACCCCAAGUGAUUGGCGCGGCACUUGACGAGUCGUUGCAUGUGCAGUGCUCUGUGCACGCGGAUCCCGCUGACAUCACGUUUUUGUGGCAGUUCAACAACAGUGGAGAGAGCUUUAAUGUAUCACCUGCGAGAUAUGGUACAUUAAAUGGAAGCACAAGUGAGUUACGAUACACACCAGCAAGUGAGAGGGAUUAUGGAGCCCUCACAUGCAGAGGGACAAACGCGGUCGGCCGACAACUUCAGCCAUGUAUUUUCCAAAUAGUACCAGCUGCUCGACCAGCUCCGCCUCGAAACUGUACAAUAAUGACGGGAAAUGACUCAACUUGGGAGGAAUUAUAUAGAAAAGACAUAAUUGUCUAUGUAGCUGUACGAUGUGUGACAGGGUACGAUGGUGGACUACCCCAGCUCUUGAUUCUUGAAGCCUUCGAUUCGAUUACUGGAGUAACAAAAUUUAACGUUACAGCUAAUGAAACUGAUGGGGUGGCCGUUUUCCUGAUGCCUGCAGCAGUAUUAUGGUCCAGUGGCAGUUCACUUCGGUUAACAGUGCACUCGCAAAAUGAUAAAGGCGCUUCAGAACGAGUGCUUUUGCAGGCUCUUUCCUAUCAAGACCCAGAAAGAAGAACAGAUGGAAGUCAAAGUACAAUGGCGGGUGUGUCACGUGGUGCUUUUUUGGCAAUCGUCAUCGCAGUACUAUUCUGCUCAAGCGCUGCCGUACUAGCCGGCUAUUUUCUUAGAAAACGAAGAAGCGGGACUGUUACAAAGCAGCAAACGCCAGAGCUUCAGCUAAAUGCAGCAGAUGGACAAUAUGUUGUGGCUUACACAUUGAAGCCAGCAAAACAUAUACAACCAGACAUUUUAAAUCCGCCACCAGAUGGGUGCCCUCCAAUCGAGUGUGUAGAGGCUGUCAAAAAUGGCGCCCCCAAUGGUGACGAGUGGACCAGCGAGCGGAGCUCCAAUUCACAGGAGCAGCGAAAUUCGUUGGCGUCGCCCAAAAGUACGUCAAGCAAAGCAACAUUAAGUACAGCAACCUUGAGCAGAAGGGAACACUUAAUUGCAGAAGAAAUUCCGGGGCCAGAGAGUUGUGUAUAAUGGAAAUCCUGUAAAUUUAUUGUAUGUUGACUGUGAAAAUUGUGAUAAUGUAAAUACAGAUUAGGAAUAUU